GCGGCAGGUUUUUUCUCCGCUCAUCUGGUCUCUAGCCACUACAACACAAAACACCACCGUCUGUUUACAAUCUCUCUAGAAGCAGCCGGGGGACAACACCAUUUUACAGUCAUUGUUUUUUUGUUUCAAUCAUCUGUUCUUCUUCUGAGCCCGAAACUGACUGAGUUCACGUCAAAUUGAACGGCAGAGAGAUUGUUUUUGUUUGAAUUUUGAGGAGAACUCCCAACACCUGCCUUUGUUAGCAAGUUAGCCUCGUGUCCUUAAAGGCUCCUCGUCCUUAAUUCUCUCUCUCUCUCUGUUAUAUUCUGGUUUGUUUUAUUUUCUUUAAUCAUUUAUUCAGUCAUACAGUAGUUGUAGCUAAACCCGUGCUAACGGAGCAGCUCUUUGUUCGUGCCUCGGGAAAAAACACACCAGCACCGCCGUUUCUUUCUCUGUUUUAUACUGUUGCAGUGAUGAUGAGGAUGAUGAUGGUGAUGAAGAGGAGACAGAGCUGAGAGCUGAGUGUGUGUGGUUGUGUUGCGUUCACAUUGGGAGCGGGCAGAACCCCCCUCCCCCACACACACUGCAUCCAUGUUCUCCCCCGAUCAGGAAAACAUCUCUACGUCGUCAACCAAAGUGCCAGUCAAAUAUGGAGAACUCAUUGUGCUCGGGUAUAAUGGCUCUCUACCCAACGGGGACCGGGGUAGAAGGAAGAGCAGAUUUGCGCUCUUCAAAAGACCCAAAUCCAAUGGAGUCAAACCCAGCACUGUACACGUAGCCUGCACCCCACAGGCUGCCAAGGCCAUAAGUAACAAGGAUCAGCACAGUAUUUCCUACACGUUGUCCCGUGUACAGACAGUGGUGGUGGAGUACACUCAAGACAGCAAUACAGACAUGUUUCAGAUUGGCCGCUCAACUGAAAGUCCAAUAGAUUUUGUGGUGACUGACACUGUUCCCGGGAGUCAGAGCAACUCUGACACUCAGACAGUUCAGAGCACCAUAUCUCGCUUUGCAUGCCGGAUCAUAUGUCAGCGAACGCCCCCUUACACCGCCCGCAUCUACGCCGCCGGAUUUGACUCCUCAAAGAACAUCUUCCUAGGGGAGAAAGCAGCAAAGUGGAAGACAUCGGAUGGACAGAUGGACGGUCUGACUACUAACGGUGUGUUGGUAAUGCAUCCUCGGCAUGGUUUCACAGAGGACUCCAAACCCAGUGUGUGGAGAGAGAUUUCAGUGUGUGGAAACGUGUUCACCUUGAGAGAGACACGGUCGGCUCAGCAGAGAGGGAAAAUGGUGGAGAAUGAGACUCAAGAGUUAGUGGACGGCUCUCUGAUUGAUCUCUGCGGAGCAACUCUCUUGUGGCGUACUGCUGAAGGGCUUUCCCGCACUCCCACUGUCAAACACCUGGAGGCGCUCCGGCAAGAGCUGAACGCUGCUCGUCCCCAGUGCCCCGUGGGUUUCAACACCCUCGCCUUCCCCAGCAUGCGGCGGAAGGACAUAGUGGACGAGAAGCAACCCUGGGUCUAUCUAAACUGCGGUCAUGUUCACGGCUACCACAACUGGGGUAACCGUGAUGCAGAGCGAGACGGAAGGGAGGGCCGAGAACGGGAAUGUCCCAUGUGCCGCACUCGUGGGCCAUACGUGCCGCUGUGGCUGGGCUGCGAGGCAGGGUUUUAUCUGGAUGCGGCUCCUCCUACUCACGCGUUCAGCCCAUGUGGCCACGUGUGCUCAGAAAAAACAGUGGUGUAUUGGAAUCAAAUCCCUCUUCCUCACGGAACGCACACCUUCCAUGCUGCCUGCCCUUUCUGCGCCCAACAGCUCAGCGGUGAGCAGGGAUACAUCAGACUUAUCUUCCAGGGGCCCGUGGACUAAGUACACCUGCAUAUGUGCUUUUACCCCAGUAACCCAUUUGACAAACAUUAGCCAGACAUUCUUUCUGUUGUUCCUAUAAUUUGAUUUUAUAAAGAUGGCAUUUUCUGUGCUCUCAGACUGUUUUUUCCUCGCUUUCUGGUUUGUAAGUGACCUUUAUACUGCUUUUUCGAAUACAGAGAAAAACUGAAAUAUAUAUUUUAAAAUAAAAAGAUUAUAAAAGCAAAAAAAAAAAGAAAGAAUAGACCUCUUCAGAACAGUAGAGCACAUGCACACCCACAUUUGAGCGUUCUGAUUGGGUGGUUCUGCUUGUCAUUUGAAGUGGUGGGCGUGGCCAUUACAGAUGGUGACUUGUACAGUGUUUAUUUGCUAACAGUAAUACUCAGCAUUAAAGAGGCAAUACACCAUCCAUGUAUGUUUAUAAUGAGCUUACAGACUAUCUGUAAGUCUAUCUGUACUCAAUUUAUUCAAUAAUUCACAGCAUUUCAUAAAACAACUACAUUUAGAUUCCAGAUAACUGUUUUCCAUGUCUAACUUAAUGUUUUUUUUAUUAUUAUUUAUACACUAUCAAUGUUUAUCAAAGAUAAAAAUUUAUAGGUGUGUUUUUGGGGAGUUAAGUUCUAAGUAACUGUUUUUUGUUUUUUCUUUAUUGUGAGUCUUUUCCUUUUGUAGGCUUUGCUAUUUUUCCUCAUUCUCAUAUAUGUAGGUAACAUAUGAUUGUGUGAGUGAAAUCUUCUCUGCAAUAGUGAACCAAUGAGGUCAUGCUCAGAGAAAUGAACUCCAGAAAGCUCAAGAGGCCUAAAAAUCUUCACCUCCCUUUAAGCACAGGCCAAAACCUCAUGCCCUUUCAGCGACUUUGCGCUCAGCGAGUGUUGCAAAAACGUGUCUUGAUAAGAUCCCUGUUUUCUGUUUGAGCCUUUCCUGUGUAGAUGACUGCCCUUGUUUGGAUAUUUUGGAGACACUGGGAAGUAUUUUCCAUCCGUAGUGCAAAAAGCAGCACUAACCUCUUUACCUCUUUUAUAGGUCAGUUUUAUUCUCUCUUAAUUUGCAAAUUGAGGUGUGAUUAGUUUUGUACUUAACUGCUACUGAGACCUUGAUUACAUUAGAAAGGGUCAUUUUCUCCUUAUGUUUAAAAUAGAUUUUAAACAAUAUUUUCAAAAUAAAUGACACUCCCCUGUGUGCAAGCAACUAAAGAGUUAAUCCUUAAAUUGCCAUUCAAAGUUUGGAGUCAGUAAGAUUUCCUAAAAUAGAGAGAGAGAGCAAAUUUAUUCAGUUAAUUGCUUUCAACAUUGACAAUAGGAAAUGUUUCCUGAGAACCAAAUCAGCAUAUUAGAAUGAUUUCUGAAGAAUCAUGUGACAUUGAAUACUGGAGUAAUGACUGCUGAAAAUUCAGCUUUGCCAUCACAGCAAGAAAUUACAUUUAAAAUAUUAAAUCUAUGAAAAUUUAAUCACAUAAACGCAGCUUUGGUAAACAUAAAAGAUGUCAAAAACAUUUUAAAAAUCCUACCGACCUCAAACUUUUGAACAGUAGUUUAUGUUUUUCAAAAGCCAUGAAUUAUUCUGUGGAACAAAGGUAGAUGUGUAUAGCAGUCCAAGCUGCUCUUUUCCAUAAAAUAUAAGUAGACAAUGACGUUUUAAUUGACAUGAUAAAACUUAAAUGUCAGUAUAUUCCUCACAAAGGUCCACUUUCAUUCUAUGGAAAAGAGCAGCUUUUGACGUUCUUUUAAACAUCUUUUUUUUUUUCUAUGGAAGAAAAUUAGUUUGAACAAAUUUCAGAUUGAUAGGUUGUUUCUUUCCAGCAAAUUUUAGGUCCUCUAACCUCUAUGUGUAUGUAUAUGUGUGUAUGAGUAUGAUAAUAUAUUUGAAUUUGUAAUGUAAUUUUUGACUGUUUGAUUUCAUGUACAUGCUGUCGUAUGUACUGUGCGAAUGUUAAAUGUGCUGUACUGUGUUACAUGUAAGAAUCUGGAGAGCAUACGUUGAGUCUGAAGGGUCGAGAAUCCCAGGAAUUUGUGUGAAGUGGAUUCUCUGCCUGAGGAGUCCAAGCUCAACUUCCAGAGAUCAUUCAGUUCCUGCUGUUCUGAACAGCACCCAGACAUGGCAUACUGGUGCAGGUUUCACCUCAGGGAGUUUCCUCCAUCCUGACCACCAGGGCAUGUGUUCAUGAAGUAUUUCAAAACCUGACAGCUGAUCUGGGGUCUGUUGCGUGUGUGGAGAUCUAGACCACACCCUGUCAAAGUGCUACAAGUGAAUAUGAAGCUUAAUCACGACACACACAUAAUAACCCCUCACCUGUUAUACUGUCUUUUUUUUUUAAUUUGUGGAUGCUUCAUUUGCAAAAUAAUUCUCUGUGUCCUGUGAGUAUGUUUUCCAAAUAUUUAGCAAACACAUUAGAUUUGUUAGACUCAUUUGUCUUUUUAAGGGCAUCGCUCGUUUGUCUCUGUAGAGACAGCGUGUGUAAAGGGCUUUUUUCCUUUUCAUUUUCUGUUUAUUUGAGAUCUUUGACAUGUCUUUGACACUUUGGUCUAACCGGUCUGCAUGAUCCUAGUGUGUGUGCAUGUGUGAGAGAGAGAUAGAGAGAGAGAGAAUGUGUGUUUUGAAAAAUCAGAAUGCAUAAAGGCAAAUGCUGAGAAUGUUUCUGAUCUACCAUUUUGUACCAACUUUAAACAAAUAAAAAUUUAAAAAGCA